AUGCUCAUUCUACCAAACAUGGCUCCAAGUAAACUCGAAAUCAAAGUCAAGGCGUUGCAGAGACUCUUGCGUGAAAAGGAAUACUAUGAAAAAGAGCUCAAGGAACAGGAGCAGGAGCUCGAAAACAUGAAGCAAUCUUCAAGAGACGAGUACGAGAUCAAGAAACAAGAUGAAUUGGUCGCAGAAGCCAAACGCAUGCUUCCCGAACUUGACUCUAAAAUCAAACAGCAUAAGGCAGAGCUCGCAAAGUUUGUGGAAGAGUAUAAGGGAGAGGAAAGCACCGAAGAGGCACGUCGUCUACUUCAAUAG